AUGCACAGUAUGAACAUUGCCACUUCCGACAUGAAUACUCCCCUUCACCAAACCAAUGACAACAACAAUGGUAGUCAUAAAGGUGAAGAAGAUAACGCUUACUACGACAGCAUUGAAGAUCCUCAAGAUGAACCUGAAUCUUCCUCUUGCUGGUGGAGAUUCACCAACAUUGGAGAUGAAAAAGGCCGUCAAUUGUCUCGCGACGGCAGCGUUCAUGUGACAGAUGAAGUCUUUAAUAGUGUUUCGCACUUGGCGGCUUUGUUUUUGAGCAUUUUGGGUUCCAUCUUGCUCAUUGUGGAAGCAAGUGCUCAGGGAGCUCCAUGGAAGAUUGUCAGCUUUUCCAUUUAUGGAUUGAGUCUAUGCAACUUGUUUGCUUCGAGUACCGUACAUCAUUCCAUCACAACAACUCCGGAGUGGGAAGAGUUCUUUCAAACCUUGGAUUACUUGGCCAUAUUUCCACUGAUCGCCGGAACCUUCACGCCUCUUUGUUUGGUUGUGUUGAAGAAUACGACGAUUGGUUGGACCUUCUUCGGUACCGUAUGGGCCUUGAGCAUUCUCUCUAUGAUUCUAUUGGUAUACCACUUUGCCAAAAUUCCCAAGUGGCUGACGAUGACCUUGUACAUUACCCUGGGAUGGAUGGGCGUCUUUCUUAGCUACUUCAUGGCUCCAAUCCUAGGUUGGAAGGGACUGUUUUGGAUGAUAUUCGGUGGAGUUUGGUUCACCGUCGGAGGUGCCAUUUACACAUUGGAGUUACCCAAUCCAAUUCCAGGAAAGUUUGGAUUCCAUGAAAUCUGGCAUCUAUUCGUCAUUUUGGGAGCUAGCUCGCAUUGGUUUCUCAUGUACGAACACGUGUUGUACUUUGACCAUUGA